CAGUACUUGCACCGCUACCGAAAACACUUACGCGAAUUCAAAUUUCGAAUUGUCAUAAAAAUGUAAACUCGCAAUCAGCGGAAGCCUUCCACUUGCCGCAUUUAAAUCGGUUCCAAAUUCAAAACAAUUUUUCAUGAUCACAUUGAAUUUCAAAUAUGUCUUUAUAAACGUCGUUGUUUUUAUAUCUGUGGACUAUUUUCCGUUGAAUGUUGUACGAAGUGGUUUUGUGUCAAUUUGUGAAAAGCCAAUAUGGGAACUAUCAAGCGGCUUGCAGUCCGUAUAUUCAUGCUGAUCAUACUCCAAGCUGCUGGUGCCGGCUUUGCAGCUCCAAGUGUGUUGGUUACCAGGCAUGAAUCCAGAGCGGUAGAGUGGCUGCCGAUGGACAAUCAAACUGUCUACAGAUUGGAUGAAGGGGAGACCAGAAAUUUGGAACUAAACACAACACAAUUAUUACAAUCAACGGUGUACAUAACAGUGAGUCCCUGCUCCAGAGAUUUUCGUUGGGCUCUCUAUAGAGGACAUUUCAAAGGUUCAGACGAUCAAUUGCAUCUUCUACAAGAAAGUAGUGGAGGCGAAACGUUGUCUGCGGUGAUAAAAAAUGAAGAUCGGUAUAUAUUACAGUUAUUCUCAUCAAAGGGGGGCGCUGCUGCGGUCAGUGUAAGGGGGGAGGCUCCGCGACUCGUUCGUAUGCGUUUACGCACGCGAUCGCGUCGAAGGCUUUCAGCUAACUGGGACCCAAGUCCAAUAGAUCCCCAUGUUACAUCAUACUGCGUAGUGGCAUCCCACAGGAAGAACUACACUUCACUGUGCGCAGCCCAGUACGACACGAGUGUCUGUAACAGACGGUAUCAAGAACCAAACGAAACCCGCAAAACCCGAUACAACACGUCGCGAGACUCCGAAAACUCUAUAGAGGUCGACAGAUUUGACAUAUUUGAGGGGAAUUUCAAGAAUGUAUUUCGGAGAAAGAAGUUUGGUCGCAGCACAAGAGUGUCCAGUGAUGAUCCAAUGAUCGCCUGCGUCGGCGACAGAACUCAUCAUCUCAUAGAAAACUUGGACCCCAGCACGACCUACUAUGUUAGCAUAUUUGGCAUAGCAAGAGACCGGAGAGCUGGAUCUCUUCUAGCAACGGGUAGCGUGAGACCGAGGACGUCCACUGCGAAGCGGUUGAAAGAAAAUGUUCCACUUAAAACAGAUAUCCGGGGGAAAACUGUAUAUUAUUUUAAAACUGGAGUGGGCUUUGGAAGCGGCAUGUGGCUUUCCCUGACAACGUGUGGAGGAUCUGUCGACGUUGAAGUAAUUGUUAAAGGAAAACGCCUUUAUGCAAUCAAAGAUAUAGUUAGCCAUUCGAAGUUCUUCAUACCGGCUCCUAUCGUGGGGUCCUCAAUGCAAGAGACGAGCGAUGAAGGGUCCGUUCAAUUCGACUCCAGUUCUGAAGAAGCUAAAAUUCGAUAUGUUGUGCGCGUGAUACCAAAUAGAUUGUAUAGAGAUGGUUCAGUUACUGUGGAGUUGACAGCUUCCACUACAAGAUGGGGCGCUAGUACACCGGAAUUGCUGGAAGAUGGCGUGAGGGAGCUACGACCGAGGCGAUCUUGCAAAUCUGUCGACGUGGCCUUCCUCCCAGCUAAUCAUAAUGCCACUGACGUUAUAAGAUAUUGCAUAAUAGCGCGUGAAACAUCGCAAAACGACGGAUUUAUCUGCGCACUGUCAAAGAGAUUCGCAACAAAAGCACAGUGCAUUAGCCACAUGCAACGAACGCCAACCAGAGCAAUAGUACAAAAAGUCUUCGGCUUAAAGUCCGGUCGCAAAUAUGCCAUUCAGGUGGUCGCAUCUACGAAAGGCAGUCCGGUACCAUACAAGGUGUUAUACGCAGACACAAACGCGUCGUGUAAAGAUUAAUGUUUAAUAAUAGUGUGUUAUAAAUAGUGAAUCAGUAUUAGUUAAUUAAUUAAGCAUUUUUUUGUCACUGUUUUGUGUUUUAAUGAAAUCAUGAGAGGGCAACACCACCGUCAACAGACUAUUAAAUGCUAAAAAUAUGAAAAAGCUUCACACUCAAUUCGCAACACUUCGGAGAAGUCAAAUUUCAAACACCAAGCUGGCUAGCAAAGGCCCGAGCCAUAAUCAUUGCGAAAUGCGUGACUCAAAUACGUUCAGUCACGUGACCAUUUUCAUACAAACUUGGCGUUAGUAGAUCAUGCCUAUUGCAUUUGUCUCAGGCCUCAGAUAUAAUUAAACAAUAUUUAGAAAUAAAAAUGCUUUAAUAUUUUUACUGUGCCAUGAAAGUGUCCAUAAAACCCCGCUUUUGUAAUUUAAAAAAAUGUACUUAAAUAGUUAAAUACUACAAAGUACCUCUUAUAGCAAUAAAAUGCUAUAUUGGUAGGCAUUAAAUAAUGUAUUGAGUUUUUCAUUUAGAUUAAUGUGUUUUUAUUUUAGUAAUUUGUAUUCUUUUAAAAAUAGCUUAACAAUAAUUUAUUGCCAUUUAUUAUCCCGCCUACA